UUCAAUAUGGGCGUGGCCAUAUUUUAGCCCCGCCUGUUUACCAUCACAAACAAAAUGGCAGAUGAAGAACAGCUGGAGCUUCAGCUUGGUGCAAGUUUUGUAGAUGGAAAGCUGGUCAAGCUGCCCAAGAAACCGAUGUCUGCUUUCCUGUACUUUUGUCGAGAAAAAAGGAAGAAUGAUGCUAAAUUGAAUGGAGUUAAUUUAUUAGAGGGCAAUGCCAUCCUAAGCCAGAUGUGGAAAGAUUCUUCUAUGGAAGAGAAACAGGUCUAUCUAUCUGCUACUCUUGCUGGCAAAGAGAAAUAUAAAAGAGAAAUGUCUUACCUCAUGAUGAAAUAUCCCGACACCGUCAAAGAAUUACAAGGAACGAGAAAAAGGAAAAACUCGGCUAAAGAUGAAAGCAUUCCAGCUCCAAAGAAGCGAGGAAGGAAGAAAAAAUCCACUCCUCCUCCUCCCCCUCCUCUUGCCUCUCUUCCAUCAAGGCCAUCACCAUCAGAAGCUCCUCCUAUUACUAGUAAAAGUAUUCCACCAACGCUGGUCCAGGAAGUUAAAGUCCCUGGAACUGAUAUUUCUAUAUUCACUCCGGAAUUUUUGGAGCAUAAUAAAAAGCUAAAUUCACAGUUAAUGCGAUUGAGGAGGGUCAACAAUGACUUGCAAUCUGAGAACAGUAGACUGGAGGACAGUGUCAGUGAUCAAGAAAGGAACUUAGCAACGCUCAAGAUGAAACUUGCUCAAUUCAAGCAAGAGAACGAUAGCUUGGAGACAAGUGUGAGACAAUUAGAAGACUCUAUCUUUCAAUCUUUUGGAGGGUUAGUGAGCGGAAGGAAUAAAGACACAGAAUUCACUUCAGCCGAGGAACUGUUACAAUACAUAAUAGUUAAUGGUGUGACUGGGCGAGCUUUGGCCACCGCCGUCAAAUCUUUUACUGUACCGUAAAUAAUUUUAUUUAUCAUUAAUUUUUAUCAAGAAAA